AUGGCUGCCCAAGUGACCGCGACCAGCCCUCUGUCUGAGGACGAGGCCCGCUGGAUCAAGCUUGUCAAGAUCAAUUACAAAGACCAGAACGGUCAGGCGCGUACCUGGGAAUCCGCCGAGCGCCGCACCCGGCCCAAAAACGGCGAGAUCGACGGCGUCGGCAUCGUCGCGAUCCUCGAGAAACCCACAGGGCCCGAGAUCAUAUUGCAGAAGCAGUACCGGCCGCCCAUCGACAAGGUCACCAUUGAGGUCCCGGCUGGAUUGGUUGACGAGGGCGAGACCGCUGAGGAGGCCGCCGUUCGUGAGCUCAAGGAGGAGACCGGAUACAUUGGGAAGGCGUCAGAGACGACGCCCAUCAUGUUCAAUGACCCCGGCUUCUGCAACACGAACCUUCGCAUGAUCCACGUCACAAUCGAUACCUCUCUACCUGAGAACCAGAACCCCAAGGCCGAGCUGGAGGAGGGAGAAUUCAUCGAGGUCUUUACAGUGCCUCUGACCAACUUCUGGGCCGAGUGUGUCCGCCUCGAAGCCGAAGGCUACGCCAUCGACGCUCGCGUGGGGACCAUAGCCGAGGGCAUCGAGCUGGCCAAGAAAUUUAAGCUAUAA